CGUCGUCUACCUCGACGUCGGACGCCGAACCGACACGAACGCGAAUAAUGGCAGACAAGGGCAAAACCGUCGUGCGCACGGUGCCGCCGCCGCUCCCGAGCCCUGCGACCGGUAGCGCGAACCCAGCGAGCUCGCUGCAGGCGCUGUGGCCCUACAUAUCGCCCGCCCUCGACCACAUGUUCGCCGCCCCCGCCGAGGACGAGGACCCCGCGCGCGCGCCCGCCAUUGACGUGGGAUGGUACUCUGGCAUCCACUCGAACGUCUACAACUACUGCACCGCGCAAAGCGCGACCGCCGACUCGCUCUCCGGCGCGGACCUGUACACGCAACUCGACCGCUAUUUCUCAGCGACUGCGCGCGACGUACUGCUUGCCGCCCCCGCCGCGGACGCGUCGCCGCCUGCUGCUCUCGCCCUCCCGCGCUUCCUCGGCCCCGCGUUCGCGCGCUACAACGCUGCCGCGCGUGCCGCGGGGCGCUUGCUGCACUACCUCGACCGACACUACGUGAAGCGCGCCGUAGACGAGGACCGUGGGUGGCUGCGCGCGGCAGACGCGUUCGCGGGUGCCCCUCCACCCCCUGGCCUCCCACGCGCGGAGCUCGCAGCACGGCUGCGCGCAUAUAGGCUCACAGUUCUGAAGUCGUGGGGCUGGGACGAGGAUCAGGGCGACGCAGCGGCGCGUGCGCUGGCGGAGGCGGCGGCAGAGGCGGGGAGCGCGCCCGAUCGCGUCGUGCCCGUGAAUGCUAUGGCUCUGCGACGCUUCCGCACGGAGGUAGUCGACCCACUGCUCGCCGUACCAAAGGCGAAGGGCAAGAAGAAGGGCAAGAAGAGGCCGGGUGCGGACCCGCGAGGGCGGCUGGCUCGCGCUGUAAAGGCACUUCUCGAGCCGGAGAACGAGGAACAGGAGAAUGUGCAGCCCGCGGAGGACGGUCAGGGGGAAGCCGGCGGAGGAGGCAGCGGCGCCGCGCAAGGGAGCAGCGUCGGCAUGCAAGGCAGCGGCGGCGCGUCGGCGUCGGGCAGCGUUGCUGCAGGAAGCUCUGCUCGUGCAUCCGGCAGCAGUGGGGGCAUUUCUGCAAGCGGCAGCUCCUCCAGCUCUUGCUCGGCCUCCUGCACACGUUCUGCACCCUGCAGCGACGAGGAGCGCCUGCGCCUCGCCCAGGAUCUGGCCAACAUGCUUCGCCUCGUCGGCGUCCGCCCUGACCAUCCCCUUCGGAAGAAGCUUGAUGGGUUCGUGCUGACGGUGCAUACAAAGACCUUUCCGUCGGUCGUGUCCGACAGUGCGGAAAGCUUGAAGUCUGACCACCGCCAUCGCUGUUUGUUCAGGCUCGCAAGCAUUAAUGGGGUAGUGGUAACCUGGGUCGUUGCCAACUGUCUCGACCCGCCGGGGGUUCGAUUCCCCCUUAAUGUCGGCGCGGGCCCAACGGGUUCCUCUUUGGCCCUCAGUCUACUCAAGAGUGGUGUACCGGUUCGUCUCAUCGACAAGCUCCCUCAGCCUCGGGUCGGGCAGAAGGGCAACGGUAUCCAGCCCCGAACGAUUGAGGUCUUGAACCUCCUCGGCGUCCUCGACGACUUCUGGAAGCGCUCCAUCAAUCUCAAGAAAGUCCGUCUAUACGAGAUGCCAGGCGCAAUGAAGGUCGCGAAAGAGAUUGCCCUCGAGCCUGUGGUGGACCCGACUCCGGACAAGCCUUGGCCCAACCUGCGCGUCAUGGGCCAGGACCGCUUCGAAGCCCUGCUGUAUGAACACCUCGCCAAGUACGGCUGCGAAGUCGAGCGCGGCACUGAGCUGCGGGGCUUUACGCAGGACGCCGACAAGGUCACCGCGGAGCUGGUGAAGGCAGACGGUAGCACCGAGCACGCGGACUUCGAGUUCCUUGUCGGGUGCGACGGUGGGCACAGCACGGUGCGGCACGGCCUCGGGCUGGCUUUCCUAGGCGAGACGCUUCAUGAGAAACCGAUGAUGCUGGGAGACAUCGAAGUGAAGGGAUUGGACGACUCAUACUGGCACAUGUUCGACAGCAACAUGGGCGGCGCGGCUAACGGCGAGACUGCUCACACAUAUUGCUUAUUUCGCACCUCAGAGGUCCCAGGCCUUGCCACCGUCAUGGCGGGUGGCGAGAACGCGUCCGACAGGCUCGACACCCGCGACGGUAUCAUCGAGCACUUCCUGAACCUCACGGGAAGGAAGGACGUCGAGUUCGGCGAGCUGAAGUGCGCGUCGUGGUGGCGGCCGAAUAUUCGCAUGGUGGACAGUCUGGGUGAAGGCCGUGUUUUCGUUGCCGGAGAUGCUGCGCAUACUCACAGUCCGACGGGCGCACAAGGGAUGAACUCAAGUAUCCAGGAUGGGCUCUCCCUCGUACACAAGAAGCUCGCCCCGCUCAGCCUCCUCUCAACCUACACCUCGGAGCGCCUCCCCGUCAUCGCCGCCAUGCUGCAGAAAACCACCGAACUCUACAACAAGACGAGCAAGGCAUUCAAGGCGCACGGCGCCGCCUACGCGGCCGCCUCGGACGAGAUGUGGGAGCGCAAGAGCGAGCUGCAGCAACUUGGGGUGAACUACCGGGGCAGCCACAUCGUGCUGGAUGAGAGGAACCCUGCCCGAGAUGCGAUCCCAAGCGCGUAUGGGUCGGGGGCAGGCGGGCUGCGCGCGGGCGAUCGUGCGCCAUCGGCGCCCCUGCGAGGAGAGGGCGUCGAGAAGCUGUUUGACGUGCUCGACAGCGUGAGGCAUACAGCGCUCGUCUUCACGGCGGACGAGACCAAGGCGAGGUCGGUUGUCGAUGCGGUAAAGGCGCUCCCGGAAAGCGUGGCGCAGACGGUGGUCAUUGCGCCGCAGGGACAGAUACAGGAUAUUCCUGGCGUCAGAGUCGUGGAGGAUGUCGAGGGUCACGCCUAUCGUACGUACCAGGUCGGAGACGAGUCAACUACCUUCGUCGUCCGUCCUGACGGUGCGAUUGGAGCCAUUGUGCCCGAAGCGGAGGGUGUUGCGCGGUACUUUGCGAAGAUCUUUGGUGUGUAGAGGGUCUUCAUAGCGG